GGGAGGUCUGAAGGCACAUCUAACUGCAGAUAUGUCUAAGGACCCAAAAUCGCCUUCGCGGUCUCGGUCCAGAUCAGGGUCCAGAUCCCGGUCCCGGUCCCUCUCCAGAUCACGAUCACAGAGCCGCUCAAGAUCGCGGUCCAAGAAACAGCGUUACAGCUCCAAGUCUCGGUCCCGCUCCAAGUCCCACAGUAGGGACAGGGCCUACCCCAGAGAGUACCAGAAUAACCGCGGUUUCCGCGGUUAUAACCGAGGAUUCCGAAGACCGUACUACUACCACGGGCGUGGGCGGGGCUUUUACCCGCGGGGGCGCUACCAACGCGGAGGAGGAGGCUACGGUGGGUACAGACCCUACUACUGGCACCGCGGACCUCAGGAGCAGUACGAGAACCGCCCACACAGCCCCAAAAGGUGGCACUCUCGCUCCCGCUCCCGAAGCCGGUCCCGGGACUCUUCGGCCAGGUCGCGCCGCUCCUCCUCCACCGCCUCCUCCCGCUCCCUCUCUCCGCGGCGCCGCGAUAACCCCGCCAGGCUGAGCUCCAAAGCGGCGGAGGAGGUGCGGACGGGCGGGGGAGGGGACGGAAAGGCGGGAGGAGGCGAGGGGGGAGUCACCGACAAGCCCUACGGAGGCUGGCAGGGCCUGGCUGACCGUAGUGCCAAUCCUAAACAGGCUGGUCACCAGCUGCGCUCUGCUGUCAUUGUCACCCAGGGCCCGCCGGCCGGCACUCACACUGGCUCCGGCUUCAGAAAACCCAGCCCCUCCUUCCCCGCGGCCUCUGACAACAGCGCCACCCCCUGGAAAAGUAUGGGCACUGCCUUGACCACUAAGCCCUCCCCUCCUUUAGGCCCCGCCCCCACUUCCUCUGGAUUUGGUGUGUUCUCAAAGGAGGACGUCAGAACAGGAAGCAGAAGCACCGUCUCUUCAGAGUUUCAAAAUCUGUGCACAGCCUCAGAGAUCCUUGGAAGAAUAAUAUUUACAGUGGGAACCAUUUGCCUUUUAAUUAAGAAAUACCAAAGCAGGCUCAUUAUAUCACUGCUGUUCUUGGAAGAGCACAGAGACAAGCGCCAAGUGUCCGAGCGGCAGACUGGCACGGCCCAGGAGCCGAUCACUGCCGACGAGGAGGCGGGUAACGGCACGGCCAGAGGCCCCGGCCGCCAGAAGGGGCUCCCAUUCCUGUACAGCGAUGAGGAGGAGGAGAUGGGCGCCGCACCCCAUAGACAGAGGGAGGCUGAGGCAAAACACAAGGGUAAAACCUCCCUCUCUGCCCGCGACCUUUACGGCCAGUGGGAGGAGCCAGCGGGCCGCAGGGGGGCGGGGAGCGAGGGCAAGCUGGAGGACAUGGAGGAGGAACUGUGCCGUGGCCGUAGACAGGGGGACACCUCCAGGCUGAGCAGGGUCUGUCCCCCACAUAAGUCUUUGCGUGGGUCCAGCCCUGUCCUCCCCUCAGGCAGAGAUAUGAAGGAGGUCUCGCCACCUCCCAGGAACGCUGGAAAGAAGGGGAUGGAUUUUGACCUCUGCAAGAAUGCUUUAUGCAGCGACCUGGGAAGCUUCUCCGGGCUUUUGGAGAAAGAGCGUUUGAUCUCUCGGGAUCUCGUGGAUCCCGUCAGAAAGGACGAGGAGUUCCGCACCAUCUUCCAGCACAUCCAGGCCCCGCAGCUCCGCCAGACCUCCAAUGAGAUGUUCGACCAGCACAUCGUCGGCAUCGUGCACCAGAUAAAAGCAAAACACUUCCAGUCCUCAGGGUUAACGUUAAAUGAACGUUUCGCUAUGUACCAACGCAGAGCUGCUGAGAAGGACCUGAAGCCCAGAAAAAGCCCAGAGAUCCACAGGAGAAUUGAUGUAUCUCCCAGUGCAUUUAUGAAGCACUCUUUCCUGUUUGAGGAGAUGGAAAACUCCAGGACAAGUGGCUACAAGGAUCAGGUUAAAAUAAUGAAGGAUUAUUCAAUGGAUCUGCAACCCGACAAGGAGCGGCGUAAAAAACACUCCAACAAGGAGCGUGAUCACAGAUGGACUGGUGGGAGAGAGUCUGGAGAUUCCCGGGGAUCCAGCCAGGAGCGAUCCACAGAGAAACCGUCCAAACGCCACAAGAAGUCCAAGAAGAGCAAGAAGAAACGUGAGCACUCACGGUCGUCCUCCACCUCAUCCCUACGCAGAGAGGGGGACUACCCCAGUGAGGAGCCCACAGAAAAGGCCUUCCCCAAGGCCCCCUGGGGACCGAGGGACCAUGGGGACCCUACGGAGAGAGGCCAGCCUCGAGGGGGCUUUAUAAGUGGAGCGCAGGGGUGGAACAGGGCAAACCAUAUAGGAAACAACAGCGGCAGCAUCAACCCCAGCACAGAGAUCCCAGUGCGCCCUCCGGAAGAUGAGUGGGAACAAGAAGACGGGUCCAAGAGCAAGAAGUAUUACCUGCAUGGUGACAGAAAGGGGGAGCAGUGGCCAGACAGUCGUGGUCAAGGCAGGGGAAAGUUCCUAUACUGCAGCAGGAGCCCCAAGUGGUCACAUGACAAGUUCCAGGGCAAGGCAGAGGAGGGGGAGCUAUCUGAGUCUGAGCAGGAAUCCCUGGAGGAAGAUAAGAAGGGGGCUUUCUCCUCAAAACAGUAGCCUCCACUGCUUCCAUCUCUCCAAACUCCAAACCACCACCAGCUUAACAUGUUAUUUUCUUUAGAGCCACCAUGAACUACAUAAA